UGUCAGUCUCCUGGGAGGUGCCCAGUCGUUGCCGUUGCCUGUCUGCCCAACUGGAGAUGGCUUGUGCCCACCCUGGGAUGGAGCUCAGCACCUGAGGUCCUUACCAUGGUGAUGAUCCUAAGUAAAAACCUCAACAACCAGGGAGCUGACUCCAUAGCAUACAGGACCUUCAACACUGAACUGCACACGCCAGAGAAGAUGAGUCAAGGACCUACACUUUUCUCUUGUGGCAUUAUGGAAAAUGACAGAUGGCGAGACCUGGACAGGAAAUGCCCUCUUCAGAUUGACCAGCCAAGUGCCAGCAUCUGGGAGUGCCUGCCUGAGAAGUGUCAGGAUGGCUCACUGUGGCACCAGGAGGCGGUGACCACCUGCGCCGUGACCAGCCUGAUCAAAGACCUCAGCAUCAGUGACCACAAUGGGAACCCUUCAGCACCCCCCAGCAAGCGCCAGUGCCGGUCACUGUCCUUCUCUGAUGAGAUGUCCAGCUGCCGGACAUCAUGGAGGCCCUUGGGAUCCAAAGUCUGGACUCCUGUGGAAAAGAGACGAUGCUAUAGCGGGGGCAGUGUCCAGCGCUAUUCCAAUGGCAUCAGCACCAUGCAGAGGAGCUCCAGCUUCAGCCUCCCUUCCCGGGCCAACAUGCUCUCCUCACCCUGCGACCAGGGAGUACUCCACCACCAAUUUAGGGGGCAGUCCUGUCAAGGGGCACCAGGCUUGACUCCCUAUGGACAAGUGGGUGAUACCUGGAGCCCCGACCCACACCCCAUGGGAGGGGGCCGGCUGGACUUGCAACGGUCCCUCUCCUGCUCGCACGAGCAGUUUUCCUUUGUGGAAUACUGUCCACCCUCAGCCAACAGCACACCUGCCUCAACACCAGAGCUGGCAAGACGCUCCAGUGGGCUUGCCCGCAGUCGCUCCCAGCCAUGUGUCCUGAAUGACAAGAAGGUUGGUGUUAAACGGCGGCGCCCCGAAGAAGUCCAGGAGCAGAGGCCUUCCCUAGACCUUGCCAAGAUGGCACAGAACUGUCAGACCUUCAGCAGCCUCAGCUGCCUGAGCAUGGGGAUGGAAGACUGCAGCCCCCAGAGCCCCUUCGCCCUCCAUGUCAGCAGCACCAGGUCCUGGACCACCUUGCUGUCGGCCUCCAGCCCAGGGGGCAGGACUCCCGCUGGGACCCCUAUCCCCGAGCCUCUUCCCCCCUCCUUCGACGACCGCCUCGCCUGCCAGGAGGACCUGUCGUGUGAGGAGUCAGAUGGCUGCACCCUGGACGAGUACUGCAGCAGGAGAGGGGAGCUGGCCACAGCCUGGCGGGACCACAGAGCUGCCGGGAACAGCCUCUGCUCCCUGGAUGGCGAGUUGGACAUUGAACAGAUAGAGAAGAACUGAGGGGGCCGUCCGUGGAUGCCAGUCAGGGAUGGGGGUGCAUUAGAGUCAACCAGUCUCCCUCUGGGCACUAGGUGGCCACUCGAAGUGGGAGCCUAACUCCUGGGCCUGAUGAAAGCUUCCUGAGAGGCGUUGGGUCCCAGAGGGAGCCCACCCACCUCCCAGGGAGAGGCUGUCCAGCCCGCAGUGACUGGCUCUGUGACAGCUGGCCUGGCCAUGCCACGCAGUGCAGUAUAUCAGCCUCUUACCAGUGACUUGAGAAGGUCGGCCACCAGGUCCACGGAACUACUGUAGCCUACAGAGCAGCUUUUUGGUUUGGGUCUUCUCCACCUUUCUCCUUGUGGGUUGUUGGGCAGUCUCUGUCAUUUCCCCCGCAAAGCUGGGCACCACUUUGCAUCCCCUGGGUGGGGAUUGUCAGGGAGGGCCUGGGCUCAGGGCUGGGGCCAGGGUCCACAUGGCUUUGUCAGGGCCCUUUUUGGCCUCGCUCAGGUUCAGUUUUGGGGAGUUGGCCCCACAGCUUCUUUCAC